AGGUAACAGUUUUGUAGAGAUGGAAAUUGUUUCAAACGAUGAUGAUGAUUACGAUGGUUAAGAUGAAAGAAGAUUAUGUUAAUUGUGAAUCUCCAGAUUCUGAUCCUGGUCAACGUUUAAACGGUGAUACAUCAAUUGGCCUUAAAAAGGAAAUCGGUCUUCUAAAUGGAGUUGGAAUAAUCGUCGGAAUAAUUGUUGGCUCUGGAAUCUUCUUAACACCCAAAGGUGUCCUACAAGAUGCCGGUUCCAUUGGAUUAUCUUUAAUUGUUUGGAUUGUUUGUGGAAUUCUGGCCACAAUCGGUGCUACCUGUUAUUCUGAGCUUGGAACAUCCGUUCCCAAAUCGGGUGGUGAUUAUGCCUACAUCAAGGAAGCCUUUGGACCCUUACCUGCCUUCCUUUUCCUUUGGGUAGCCAUGUUUAUUAUCAUGCCCGCCGGUAAUGCGAUCGCUGCAAUUACCUUUGCCAAUUAUCUUCUUCAACCAUUGUAUAAUUGUUCCCCACCCGAUGAUGCUGUUAGAUUAAUUGCUGCUGCUGCGAUUUGUUUUCUUACCUUCGUUAAUUGUUAUAAUGUUAAAUGGGCAACAAGGACCCAGGAUAUUUUCACUGUUUCCAAAAUAAUUGCCUUAAUCAUAAUCAUAAUCACUGGAGCUGUUCACCUAAUCACAGGAAAAACUCAAAAUUUAACAAACAUUUGGGAAAACACUGCAACCGAUCCUGGUAAAAUUGCUGCUUCAUUUUACUCUGGUUUAUUUUCUUAUGCUGGAUGGAAUUAUCUUAAUUUCGUUACCGAAGAAUUGAAAGAUCCUUUUCGUAAUUUACCUCGAGCGAUUAAUAUUUCGUUACCAUUUGUUACCAUCAUUUACAUUCUUGCCAAUUUGGCCUAUUUCGUGGUUCUAACUCCGGAUGAAAUUCUUGCUACCGAUGCAAUUGCCGUUACCUUUGGAGAUAAAACUCUAGGAUUAUUCAGAUGGUCGAUGCCUUUUUUCGUGGCCUUAUCCACAUUCGGUGGCCUUAACGGAGGCAUUUUUGCCUCUUCACGACUAUUUUUUGUCGGAGCUCGACAUGGACACAUGCCAAGUUUUGUCGCAAUGGUCAAUAUACGCUACUAUACACCAGUCAAUUCACUAAUUUUCUUGGGUUUAUUAACUUUGUUAUAUUUAACAACAACUAAAGUGUAUUCGUUAAUCACUUAUGCAUCUUUCAUCGAAUCACUUUUCACGACCUUAUCCGUUGCUGCUCUUCUUUGGCUAAGAUAUAAACAGCCUGAACUUUCCCGACCAAUUAAGGUUAAUUUAAUCUGGCCAAUUGUUUUCUUUGUUGUCUGUCUAUUCCUGGUAUUAUUACCAACUUAUACCAAGCCCGUUGAAACAGGAAUCGCGGCUUUAAUCACCUUGAUGGGAAUUCCAGUUUAUAUGAUAACAAUUUACUGGCAAAAUAAGCCAACAAUUUAUAAAAAUUUUAUUGAGUCUGUGACCAAGUUUAUACAAAUUUUCUUCCUCAGUGUGGCAGAAGAAAAAUCUGAGUAAAGUUUAUUUUUCGAUUCUCUUUUUUUAUACUAAUUUAAAGAGUUUAUUUAUCUUUUUUUGCAUUCAAUUAAAUACAAUUAAAAAGUCAAAUUCCAAUAAAUGAUUUUGAUAAAUA